GGGCAGAGUCGAGCGGGUGGGGAGGGCCGCUCUUGGCCGUUUCUGCGCUCUGGGUCGUCGUCGUCGUCUUUGCACGCUGCUCGUCAAGAUCUUCUCAGCUUGCUCGCUUUGGAUUCCCACCGUGGAUUCCCAUCUUGGAUACCCACCUUGGAUACCCACCUUGGAUUCUCGCUCAGAUUCCCACCGCUUCGGCCCGCCCACACCGCCCCCAAGCCCUUCCGCUCGAGAUCGCCUGUGAUCCGCCCGCCCGCCUGUCGUCUUCGUCUCUGUUCUGAAGACCCAGCUUCCGCCCACUCCAUCUGCCCGGCUUUCCGUUCGGCUCGCAGCCCCCGACUUCCCCCGUUUCCAUCCUCUCUGUCCAGCACCACCAUCAUGACCGUGAACACUGCCGUUAGACGACCCUUCCUGAUCAUCCUGGACAUCAAUGGAGUCCUGAUCGAUCGCAUCACCGACAGCCCUGCCCGGCGUUUAUCGGAAACAAACCCAUUCCGUCCACACGGGCUCUAUGCAACCAUCUCAAAGCGCAAAGGGCCAGAACGCAUCCACAUCCGUCCGCACGUUGACGUCUUCCUCAAGGUCCUGCUCGAAAACUUUUCCGUUGCUACCUGGACCUCGGCCAUGGCCAAAAAUGCCGAGCCCUUGGUAGAUCUCAUCAUGCAGGACCGCAGCGAAGAUCUGGCCUUCCAGUGGUCUCAGGAUAAGUGCACCCUCACAGGUCGACAGGUGCGCAAGUCGAACGGCAGCGGCAACAAACCCGAGAUCAUCAAGGAACUGCAGACCGUCUGGGAGAGCCCAGAGGUAAACAGCGACAACCGCUGGUCGGAGAAAAACACCAUCAUCAUCGACGACAGCCUGUUCAAGGCUCGAAUGAAUCCCAAGAACAUCCUCCAUAUUCCGGCCUUUACGACCCAGGACCACACCGUGGACUCAAAGAAGGACAUGGUGCUCCCCAGUCUCCUGAAGUACCUGCUUCAAGUAUCCUCCGACGAGACCAAGACCGACGUUCGCGACUGGCCCACUUUCUGCGAGGAGGUUUCCGCUCCCCUCCAGGAGCCUCCGAAUCUGUCGAUUGCAUCGUUUGAGCGGUAUGUCGUCAAGGAGGAAUACCGGAUUGAUCCCUUGGACGAAGCCGACAGAGAGCGCUUCAUCAAGCCCUCCGAGUUUCCACCCAUCCGAGCACCACUCAGCAACCAACAGCGAGACGAUGUCCUGCUGGCUGGCGUCACUCGUCGACUCGAGGCGAUUGGUAUUUAACGCAGCUCGCUGCUUUGGCACCAAAGGGGCUCUGCUCCAACACCAAGAGCGAGGGCCUGGCGGAGGAGUGGCCGGUGCGCAUAGCCACAUCUGCCGAUGCACUGGCCGCCUUUCUUCGGGUCCGAUGCCUCUUCGUCCAAGAUGGCUUUUCUUGCAAGCCGCAUUUUUGUCUCGAUCGAUUGUGGGCCUGGCCAAGUUGCUGCCUGCUCCUACUUUCAGACUCGUAUCCGUUGUUAUUUUUUUGGUAUUGACGACCGACUGCCAGAGUGCUCCAGCAACGACUCUUCUGGCACCCGCCCAUUGUAUUCGAACCGACGCUGGACUGCUUUGCUUGGCUGAUUUGCCUGGAUCGUACGCUCUAUUCAGAAAAAAAAACGGGACACCACACCCGCUUCCAUGAACAUGUGGUAUGUGAUGGGCUUGCGUCGACUGAGCCAUAAGAAAUAGAGCAGAUCACUUUGGCA